AUGCCAUCUCUAGAAGCAUCGUUUACUCAUGAUGAAGAUGUCUUUGAUCCAAAGAUACAUCUUGAGUUCAGUCCUGCAGAGACGGUAUUCUCCUUGGCAGAUCUAGGCAUCCAGGAACACGAGUACACUACACCAAUCGCAGGUUGUACGCCCUUCAAGUUGUUAUCGAUGGAGGGCGUGAUGGCAUAUAGAAGAGCCAUCUUGAGAAGAGAAGUGUUCGAACAGUGUGCAGGUUAUCCUUUCCCAGGCACAGUGACGCUUCGAAACGUAGCUAAAGCCAGCCAAUUCGUGCGAGACCUCUGGACUCACCCGAAGACAAUUGAGAUCGUGUCGAACGUAUUGGGCGUCAAAGCCGAAGUUAUCAUGGACACGGAGAUAGGUCACACCAAUAUUCAAGUCUCUGGAUCAGGAGACGUGCUCAGUCAGCUUACCAUCCAGCCUUCGCAAGAAGCUCGCCCAUUGACGAAGGAAGAAGAGGCCUACGAUCCUCUGUCGGGCUCGUCGGUGAUUCCAUGGCAUUACGACUCCUACCCUUUCGUGGCAAUAAUCAUGCUGAGCGACACCACUCAUAUGAAAGGCGGAGAGACCUACAUCAGUGCAAAAGACAUCCAAGCGGCAAGACCAAGUUUGGGCACAGCUGUCAUACUGCAGGGCGGUCAGGUGAAGCACCUCGCAGCGCGAACUUUUGGCUCUUCCGAACGAAUCACGACCAUAACCUCGUUCAGAGCUGCAGACAUUGGCCGUUGGGACAACAGCUGGUUGGCCAAUCUCCGAUCAUACGACAACUUACCCGAGCUAUACAGUCAAUGGUCCUUAUAUCGUCUGAAGAAGAUGCGCGACGAGCUUGACGCGGCCGUGACCAAAAUUGAGACGGCCAACAAGUCAGGCGACAUCUUUGUCCACCAAGAGACAGAGGCAUUAUGCGACGAGAUCUCGAGGUACUCAAAAAGGACGGCACGUCAGAUGGUUGACCCUGAGAUCCGUGAUGGGCUAGCCCGAAAGUAUGGCGCCAAAGGUAUAUCUGAGGCGAGCAAAUACUGGCAUAAGGUCAGAGCCACCCAUCGGGAGAGCUCUUUGAUCGCGGAUGCCACAAAAUAUGCAGAGGAGAACAUGCCGAGAAUGAAGGGAUACACGCUGGACUGGUGUCAGACUAGAGGGAGAAUUCAGAGAGGCUCCAGAGAGCGCGGAACACAAGGCUUGAUCGUUUGGGAUGAGCAGACAGAUUACCUGCUUGGAGACGAGCUGGAAAGCCAGGGUCUGAAUGAGAUUCUCUUGUACUGGAUGGAAGAGACUGGACUCAUGGAUGUUUUGGCGGAGACUGCAGGGUGA